CAGAGCACCUGCCGUUCAGAUCACCUGCCGUUCAGAGCACCUGCCCUUCAGAUCACCUGCCGUUCAGAGCACCUGCCGUUCAGAGCACCUGCCCUUCAGAUCACCUGUCGUUCAGAGCACCUGUCGUUCAGAGCACCUGCCGUUCAGAGCACCUGUCGUUCAGAGCACCUGCCGUUCAGAGCACCUGCCGUUCAGAGCACCUGCCGUUCAGAGCACCUGCCGUUCAGAGCACCUGCCCUUCAGAGCACCUGCCCUUCAGAGCACCUGUCGUUCAGAGCACCUGUCGUUCAGAGUACCCCAGAAGACUUCAGAGGACGACAAUGGCACAGUUGGAGCAAAAGGCUAAAAACAAUCAGAUGAUUGUUGGAGGUCUGGGCCGACCGUUCACUCUGGGCAUGUUGUAUAACGCCCCAAAGGACCAACUCAUCCCAGGAAUGGCCCUUUGGGACUCACAAACUUUACAAAGUCUGACGGUGAAGAAGCCCCAGAGGAGCAGUCACUUUGACGUCAGAUCGUCAGACUCCACUGCAGACACGUCCUUUAACCUGAAUGUGAACGCGUCUCUGAAGCUCAGCUUUCUGAGUGGCCUGAUUGAAGUGGGGGGGUCAGCCAACUACCUGAACAACAAAAAACAAUUUAAAAACCAGAGCAGAGUGACCCUGCAAUACCAGGCCACCACUCGUUUUGAGCAGUUGUCCCUCACAGCAGAUGUGUGUGAGAAAAUACAGAACAGUGUGAUUCAUGAGAAGGGCCUGGGCACACAUGUGGUCACAGGGAUAGAGUACGGAGCCAACGCUUUCUUUGUGUUCGACAGUCAGAAGGUAGACUCUAGUGACCUCCAGACUGUCAAAGGACAGUUGGAGGUAACUAUCAAAAAGAUUCCUGAGUGUGAUAUUCACGGAGAGGCAAAGGUAGAACUCACUGAAGAAGAAAAAAACCUAGUUAAAACAUUGUCUGUUCAGUUUUAUGGAGAUUUUCUUCUUGAGAGCAAUCCUGCAACAUUUGAUGCAGCUGUUCAGACCUAUGUGACUCUGCCCAAGCUGCUGAUGGGAGCAGACGGCAAAGAACCAGUGAACACUGUUCCUGUGAAGGUCUGGCUGCUUCCACUGGAGGUCUUUAAAAAUGAGCCUGUUCCAGUGACUAAAGGCAUCAGUGUAGGUUUAGUGCUGGAGGCUGAGGAGACUCUGGAGGAUCUGGAAAACAUUACCAUGAGGUGUAAUGAAUGUUUGUCUGUCAGUGCAGUGGGGAAGUUCCCUGAGCUUCAGCAGCAGGUGCACAAGUUCUACAAACUGUGUCACUAUUAUGGUGUACAUCUGCAGAGGCAGAUGGCAGAGACAUGUCCUGCCAUUCGAGAGGGGACAGUGGAAGAGAGCGUCCUCAGAAGUCUCUUUGACCAGAGACUCAAGUCCCCGUUCAGCCAGGACAGACUCACCAAGUGGCUGGAGGACAAGGAGAGGGAGGUGAGUGUGGUUCAGUCGUGUUUAGACAUAAUGGAGGGAGAGUUAGUGUUUUCCACUCAGGCUGAGCUUGAUAAGUUUGUAUUGAAUCCAGGAGAUGAAGACCGCUGGGUCUAUGCCUUCACCUCUCUGGGGAACGCAGAUCCUCAGCUGGAGGAGAUGGGUCAGUACCUGAAUACUCUGAAGUUCGGGGAAGCCUUUUCAGCUGGGAGAAUUCAUGUUAGAAGCUCCAUGGUUUACGAAAGAUGAUGUGGUGACCAGAAUGCGGCAGAAAGCUGUACAUUUUCACGCAACCAAAGGUCAAGUAACUCAGUGUGUCACAGCGAGAAGCGACACGUCCCACAUCGGUGCUGCUACUUGCAAAUACAAAAACGGGCUCCUGCUAGAAAAAGUUACUGGAUUCAUUGUUGUCACAGAGUAAAGGAGCUUCAAAUGUCCAGAUGAUCCUUGUCAAACUCAUCACCACUGUCCUGUAUUCUCUUUAAGCCAAUGAUUUUGACCUGAUUCUUUUUAAAUGUAACAAAUGUAAUUCA